GCACUCCCAGCUGUGAGGGUGCUAGUCUGCGGUGGAGCUCAGACAUGGAAGGAUCUCCACUCUUCCACACGCAGGAGAAAUAAAGCGAUGUUACGGGAGAAGUAAAAGCAGUUUUGAGGUGUGAUUUUGCGCACAGCAGCCAGGCUGUAGGACAAUUUAGUGUAAAUUACGUACCACAAUCCGUACAAUGCUGGAAUGGCUUGUGGUCCUUUCCGUAGCGGUCCUGGUGACCACAGUAUGGUGCAAUUCCAAAGUUUCUUCCGGCAUAGCGAAGCCGACAAGUACUCCUCAAAGAGGUUCGAACGCUUCUGGGAAAAACUGCACCGGGACUCGCAGCGUGGAGCUCAUCUGUAAACCUUCCGCCCUGGCCAAGUACCUGCUGAGGACCUGCACCGCUUUCACCAACUACUCUCCGUGUGUGGGAUGGACGUGGCGGGCCAGCGGUGUCCUCCAGAGCUUCUACGAGGCUUUCUGGUGGUACGAUAGCACUGUUCAUUUUGUGAGGGAUCAUCUACAGCUGAGCGAUGAUGGACUGGUUGCCUUGGACUGGGCUUUUCCUCGGUACCAGAAGAGACGCAGGACCUCCAGUCACUCCACCAGCCCGGUUCUACUCAUCAUUCCCAAUUCUUUUGGGAAGAUCACCAGGAAUGUUGUAGAGUUGUGUCAAACAGCCCUCUCCCAUGGAUACCUCCCUGCAGUCCUCAACCGCCGCAGCCACAAUGGCACGGCACUCACCACACUCAAACUACAGCAGUUUGGAGACCCAGCAGACCUACGAGAAGUCGUGCGCUACAUUCGCUAUCGGCAGCCAGCUGGCAAAUUGUAUGCAGUGAGUGAAAGCACCGGCUCCGGCCUACUCCUCUCCUACCUGGGGGAGUGUGGUUCAUCCAGCUACAUCACGGCUGCCGGCUGCCUGUCGCCCAUCUUUCGCUGCCAGAGCUGGUUUGAGAAUGGACUCUCCCGGCCUCUGCAGUGGGCGUUGGUGUUCUAUCAGAAGAUGAGCUUGAGCAGAUACAGAACGGCGCUGAGUGCCAGCGUACACACGGACAACCUCUUUUCUACCACUUCUCUACGUGGCUUGGAAGAAGUUCUCUUCUGUCAAACACGGGUCAGUUGUGGUGGAGCGGCGCUAACCGGGCCGAGCGGCAGUACUUCUUCUGCUUCCUGGGAAGCUUACUGGGAAUGCAACGAACCCUUAAGGGACGUAGAUGAAGUGGCCAUUCCUGUCCUGAGUAUCUGCGCUCAAGAUGACCCAAUACGGGGAGACAUUCAAUCCACGGUACCCCGAGAACUUUUCGAAAGCAAUCCACAUUUUUUCCUCCUUUUAACAGACCGAGGCGGUCAUUGUGGUUUCUCGACAAGUUCGACAGGGGCACCUGACCCAGCAGAAGCACCAAAGAGUGUAACGGCAAGUUAUGGCACCAACUGGAGCCACCAAGCUCUUUUUGAAUUUUUCAGGGCGACCACAGACUUUAUUGCCGCGGAGGACAGAGCAAAGCAACUCACUGCCAGGAGGAGGGGUCUUGGGACUGGCAUGGGAGGGAGAGUUUUUCGGCACCGUAGUGUCAGUACAUGCAAGCAAGUGCCAGCAUGUUCCCAUAAUAUACACGCCAUUUACAACUGGCAGAGAUCCUAUACACGGUGAAGAUGGACACUGACACUGUUUGUUAUGAGAAUUCUGGCCGGUUAUGGGACUGUAAUGAUCUGGGAGUGGUUCACAUUGAAUGUGUGGUGUCAAUUCCCCCUCUAAAUGAAUAGCAACCAGUCAAACUGGGACUAUGCCUUUGACUUUUCCAGGACACAGUGGCAUAAUGGGUCCAAAAGGUGCUGCUUCUGCAAGGCGCUCCAUUAUUUUUGAGUUCUUAUGAAUAACAUCAGCAAAAUCAGCAAUGAGAACUACGUUCUAUAGUGCACAAUAUAAGGGUUGACUCCACAUCAUAAUUAAAUCAUUACAUCCGUCCCUAUAUAUGCCUUUUAGACCCGCAACACUGACAGCUACUAUAAUAUUUCAUAUGACUCAAUGAAAAAGCUCCACACUCGGCCAUCUUUGUGUGGAGUUUGCAUGUUCUCCCCGUGCAUGCGUGGAUUUUCCUCCAGGUUCUCCGGUUUCCUCCCACAUUCCAAAAACAUGCUAGGUGACUCCAAUUGGCGACUCCAAAUUGUCCAUAGGUAAGAAUGUGAGUGUGAAUGGUUGUUUGUCUAUAUGUGCCCUUUGAUUGGCUGGCGACCAGUCCACGGUGGACCCCGCCUCUCUCGACCCUCAUGAGGAUAAGCGGUAGAAAAUGAAUGAAUGUAUGAAUGAAAUGAAUGAAAAAGCAUCAGUUAUUCAUUACUAAUGAAUACUACUCUACAAAUAUAAGAUUUCUACCUAAAAAAAAUCAUCUGAAAAAGAUGGGUUGUCGUCUUAUAUGCGGGGACUAAAUAUAGUGGUAUGAUAAAGUUUUGGCAUCUCUGAUAAUUUCCAAGAUUUUCCUAGCUUUUUGUAUCCUACCCCUAUACCCUGAUGUUUUUCAGUUCAUUCGACAGUUUUAAGGCUCCCAUUUUGCUCUUCAGAAAAGAUGCAACUUGUAAUUGGCCACCUUAAAUACCCUUUGUCAUGAUUGGCUUCAGUUGUGUAUGCAGGUCAAGGGUCAAUGAGCUUUUUUUGUUCCAAUAAUAAGUGUUAAAGGUAUUAAAAUCAAUAAAGGGUGCCUGCUUCCUUUGUUUAAAUAAUGAUUGCACACUUUCGGUAAAUCCUAUAAACUUCAUUACUCUUCUCAUACAUCAGUAUGUUGGUCUGCUAUAUGAUAUAUUUCACUGAAAUGGCUGAUCCAAAUAAACAGUGAUUUAUAAAGGAAAGGGGUGCCCAAACUUUUUCAUACCAUUGUAUUUAUACAUGCAAACCAACAAGGGACUUCUCCCCAAAGGAGUCGGAGCUUUUCUUUCUGUCACUCUCACAUACAAGUGACCUGGAGAGAUGAUGUGUCACAGAGACCCACUCAAGCAAACAACAGUAUCGGUGUUAUGAUGCUAGAUUGAAGAUAAUGAUGAUAUAUAAUUUAUGUCACUGCUAUUGGAAACGUGAUUUCACCUUUUUGUAUUUUUUUCUAACUUUUGGCUUUCAUUUUGUCCUGAUAAAUACUUCUUCCUGUAGCAGGUGUCGAAAUAUAGAGGUUGUCCUAUAUUCAGUGUCGUCGUGUAUUUGGGUAAAGACAAUACAGCGGUCCCUUUCGAUGUUAUUAGUGUUGAGUCUAUAUUAACUGUUGUAUUGCUGCCUGUUGAAUGAAAUACAUUGUAGUUAUUCGUCCAGAGACAGCUGGGAUAGGCUCCAGCAUACCCAUAACCACCAUCGUAAUAAGUAUUCUAUUUCUCUUUGAUUUGAUUCUCGCGAAAAUGGCAGAAUCACAAAUGUGUGUGUUGAAAGUCCUUAUUUUCCCUUUUAUUGCACAUGCACUGACAGCUAAGAAAUAGCCCCAAUUAUAGCACAGUCCCCAUGGCCAUUUCAUGUUGAGAUUGCGUGUCCCACUGAGCUUUAUCCACUCAGACAGCUGGAACACAGCAGUGUCUGCACACACAUAACGUGUAUGCAUGCACACACAGUGUGCUGGCAGACAUAUUGUCAUCUUGCAUAAGGACCAUCUUCGCUCACACGAAAACAAAUGAGCUGUCAUGGCUCCAUGGGUAUGCUACAAAAUGGAGAAUCUGGUACAGUACUUAAAAGUACUUGCGACAAUGUGUGACAAUCCUUGUCUUCUACCAUAACCGUAUUUAUACACGCAUUAUAUGCAUUUAUAUGCAUUGGUGUCCAAUAACUGUUGCAUGUUAAAUCAUUCUGCUGUCAGCGGCCAAAUCUUGCACUACUGUGAGUGUAAACACAGCAUGUACUGUAAACAGAGCACUGUGUCCGGUUCCCUUUUUGGUAAACAUGUUGGAAAAAAUAUCCACAACUAUUGUAUCAGAGGUGUUUGGGAUGUGAGUUGAUGAAAUACAUCAAGACAAUGUGUUGUAAAAAACAAUUUAUAAAGACCGUGCAAACCCCAAAAUGUGCCGUUUAUUAUGUAGUUGUCUAUACAUUGGUUGUGUUUGUGUUUAAACUUGCUGUUUACUUAUCAUUGUGCCAAGGGACUAAAUUACCCCGUAAUAAAUUUGGUCAUUUCCACAUAGAAAUUAGGUCCCUAAAAUAGCUAUGUGGUCGAGUGGUUAGCACGCAGGCCACACAGCUAGGAGACCCAAGUUCAAUUCCACCCUCUGCCAUCUCUGCGUGCAUGUUCUCCGGGUACUCCAGUUUCCUCCCACAUUCCAAAAACAUGCUAGGUUAAUUGGUGACUCCAAAUUGUCCAUAGGUAUGAAUGUGAGUGUGAAUGGUUGUUUGUCUAUAUGUGCCCUGUAAUUGGCUGGCAACCAGUCCAGGGUGUACCCCGCCUCUCUCCCGAUGAUAGCUGGGAUAGGCUCCCUUGUGAGGAUAAGCGGUAGAAAAUGAAUGAUUGAUUGAAUGAAUGAAAAGAACGCAAGUAAUUGAGAUGCUCGUAAAAUUAUUAUUGACACACGAUUCCCCCUCCAAAACCCUCUUGCUAGUUUGACUUUGAAUUCUGUGAUUUUGUAUCAACAUUUUCAAUAAAUUUGACUGUUGUAAUUAAGAUCAGAUUAAGCUCCAUAACACUGUCUGUCUCUCUUCAAUUGCCAUUGUUCACUCACAACAAUCGAAUGAUAAAAUGUAAAGUAUAAAAUUCACCAGUCAACCGGUGUAAUCUUUAGCCUGGUCAUCGCCACUGCCACUGUGAUUCUGUUUGUUGUGUAGUGGGUUUGACAUACUUUACAUUGAGAACCCAUUAUUCAUUGAAUCCACAUUCACAUGCUAGUGGUGAUGAACUAAAUGUGUUUGAUACAGUGGUCCAGGUUCGAUUUUUUUAUCUUUAUUAACCCAAUUCCAGAUCAAAUAAUAGCAAUAAGAUGCAUAUACAUACAAUAGAAGUCCUCAUUGCAUUUAUUUUCUGGCUAGUUCCAUGCAAAACACAAUAAGUAUUUGAUUCCAUUCCAUUGUGUCUUAUUGUUGUAGUUAUUUUAUGAAGACUUUCAAAUUCUGUGCUUUUAUUGUCAUUUUUUACACUAUAAUGUUUAAUAGCAAACUGGUGGUCUGCAUUACUCUGUCUCGCUUUUUAAAUAUUUUUUAAAUCACCAAGUGUGACAUCUGAUGUUGCCAUGGAGACCCCAUCCUCUCCAGUAAUGGCCGGCAGAUGGCAUCAUUGACAAGGUUACUUGACUGGAAUGUUCCAUGCGUCAACUUCCUCAGGCGUCACUCUGACAGACGCGAUGACGCAGCGAUCUCUGUUUUUGGCUUGGAAACUGUCUGUAUAUUUGGCACCUGGGUUAAUUUUAGUGCUCAAUGCAUGGCGAAAUAAAUUUAGAUGCCUGCUGAGUCACUCAAACCGGAGCAAGCACACAUCCGCUUUAUCAAUGAAGGGCAUUCAUUUUUGAAGGCCUUGAGAUUUACAAAAGGUCACUUAAAUGAGUUGUUGGUUCUUAGCCUUUUCAGCCUUCUCAGUCUUUUUCUGGUAAUAUUUCCUGAAUGUGCUAACCCGAAACCCUUAAAAACCGCCUACUGUACUAUGUCCCAACUAAUAUAUAAACAAUGGGAACAAAAACAAAAAAGACACUCAAUUCAUUAAACAAAAUCCACAUGUAAGUGUUAAAAUGCAUUUCUUUUGCUGGUAGGGAAUCAAACUCCAACCACUUGUGCCUAAUGCCGUCUUUAGGAAUUGCAAACAAAGUGGCGUUCCCUUUCCAGGCAUUGCUAGUAACUAAACAGCGGAACAGAGCUUCGGGAGAGCAGAGACUUAAUCUGGUUUACAGCCAAGCCCAUAUAAGGAAGUCUGCCCCUCUGUGACAUCACAAACGAACACUUUUUACCCCGCCUUGUGA